AGAAUAUAAACUUAAUCAAAGUUUACCAAAAAAUAACAAAUCUUCACUUGAGCCACCUGUAAAUAUAGAUAAUAACUCUAGUCAAGAAUUGGAUAGUAUGAAGAAAAGCCAGGAAUUAAUCUCCAAGAUAAUCAGUAAUGAGGUACAAGAAAUCCAAACACAAGAAAAUAUAGUAGAUCAAUGUAGUCAAGUUGAAGAUCAAGAAAUGAUAGAGACUUGUUACAAUGAUCAUGAAGGAGUUCAAGAAGUGCACAUCACAUCUGAGGAAGGAUUUACAUCAGUAACAGUGUUAGGUUACAAGAUAACAGCACAGGGUGCAAUUGUUCAAUAUUUUUGGAAAGCUACUAUUCUUAAACUUCAAAAGCAAAUAAAAAAGCUGUUAUUAUGUAUAUGGAUUAAACUUUUAACAGAAAACAGUUUAUGGGCCAGAGCAGAAAGAUUAAUAUCUGAAGGGGCGAUAAGGAAUAGCAGACACCUGGUUACCCCUUCAGCCUAUAUAAAAAUACCAAAUGAUCUUGAUGAAAUGUUUGCUGACCAAUACCCAG